AGGACGCAGCUAUCGUCUAAGCUGCCAAACCAACAGAUGCAUGCAACUACGCUACUGGCUGUUGAAGAGAUGUCCCUUCUAGACCAGCAAAAGGAUGACCCUGAAGUUGAAGAAAUGAGAGCAGCGAUUCUCAACCUCCUCGCUGUUAUUUUCCCAAAUGUCCCGGUCAGCGUCCUCCGAUCUCAAUACACAGCAACUUUGAGCGUAUUCACGACAAUUAUGGCGCUCCAACCACCACCCACCGCACCUUCUCUGCGCUCACUGAUUACCUGCUUGGAACACCUCUUGAUUGCUCAGGACACUGCUACAUGGAACCAAACCACAACCUUGAAAGCCCUUCAGACACUGCUCGUUCUCUCGCUCGACUCGCGGCCUAAGCCAAGGAAGCGUGCACAAGAGGCUGUCAGAAACAUCGUCACACGCCCACCGCUUAUGAUGCUUGUCCACCCUGGAAUGAAGGUCGUUGUCCAAACCACACUGCAGUUUCUCAAGGAGUCGGGUAACGGCGUCGUUGGAGCGGCGGGAUCUAAGGAUAAGGACAGCGCUACUCAGAUGAUUUUGCACACGCUUCAACUCGUCCGCAUGGUCGGAAAGGCCUGGCCUGUCGAGCAAUUCCUUCCUCUCUGUGAUAUCCUUCUCCAUCUCCCAAAACUCAAUAACCCAUACCUUACAUCAUCUGCCUUCCAAGUCUUUGAAUCCCUGCUUUCGACAAAAGAAUCCCCCGAUGUCCCCGCAGUCAAGAUUACUCAAGUCAUGAGUGCAGUGUUGGAACUGAAGCCCAGCGCCAAUGAUGCCACAUUGAUGCCUUUGUGGCUGGAUGUUGUCCGCGCAGGAUUCGUCGAGUCAGCUAGACUACAGGGGAAGAUGAAGGCUGCAGGUCAUGGUGCCCAGAUCCCUCAGGAGGCCGCCGUGCCAAUUGUCCAGCUCUUCAAGGUCAUUUUCCCUAAUCUCGAGUCGUCCAACCCUGUUUCUGUUCACAACUCGACCGUUGACUGCCUCAAGCAGCUAAUCACCCACUGUAUUACGGAUGAAAUGAUCGACAUUGCCCCUGAAAGCAAGAAGAAGCGCAGCGUGAUUGACACCAUCUCUACGAUUAUCAAGGGAGGAUUCGAUAUUCGCUUCCAGAGCUCAUGGUUGGGCAUUCUGGACAUUCUUAAGACCCUGUUCGAGCGUCUCAAUCAUGCUGCCAACCCCUUGCUGGUUUCGUUCCUCCCCAUCAUCGACGAACUCCGGUUCACUCCCGCAUUCACACAAAAGGCGCAUCUGGACAUUGUAUUGUCGACCGCUAUCGGCACAGUCGGGCCUCGCAUCUUCCUGGAUACUCUGCCUCUGAAUAUUGACAACCCCGAGGAGCGCAAGCGUGGUCGUGCCUGGCUCUUGCCUUUGCUCAAGAGCUCUGUUACCAACACCGAACUCGAAUACUUCGCCUCAACUCUGAUCCCACUGGCUGACCGCCUCAACCAGAAAGCGCAGGAGUGCACUGAGAACGGGAUGAUGAAGAAGGUCUACGAGACCCUGAUUGGUCAGGUCUGGAGCCUUGUCAGCGGAUUUUGCGACCUCCCCGUCGAUAUGGAGCUCGCCUUCAACAAGGAGCUCGCUGAGCGAUUCAGCAAUGUCCUUUACUCUGUGCCUGAUCUUCGACCUGUUCUUUGCCAAGCCUUGACCAGCUUGGUCGUCCGCAACCAGGCCAUUAUCGCCAGUACUGAAAGCGAUGUAGUUUUGGAGCGUAAAUACCUGAUGAGCAAGGACGAGGCUGCCAACAACAUCGCACUCUUACAGCAGUACGCCCGACCCUAUCUCAUGGUCUUUUUCAACAUCUUCCAAGCGACCCUGCCUCAGUUCCGUGGAUAUCUUCUGGAAGUUAUGAGGAUGUACCUGAGUAUUUCGACCCCUCAGGAUCUGCAGCAGACAUUCUCGGCAGUCUUGGCUCAGCUUAACACUGCCUUGACGACGGUUCAGACUCCUAUUCAACAAGGAGGGGCCCCUCCAGCGUCGCAUAACCUCAUGGAUCUAGCCGAUAUCAUGGUGCCAUAUGUCGAUGGACCAAGCAUGGUCGGCCUAUACCAGACUGUCGCCUCCCUGUUUGCCAAUGAUGCCGACGCUGCAUUGCAGAAGAAGGCAUACAAGAUUGUCAAUUCGAUGGCCGAAACGGAGACUGGCCGCAUCGUCUUGAAGGCGAAUUUGGAGGAGCUGAUGCGCAACAUUCUCGACACUACUGCCGCUGCCACCGCGACUGCCAAGCGCGCUCGUCUGUCGUUGAUUGGCCAGGUGAUCACGCUCCUGGAACCUACAGACCUGUACUUUGUGCCCUCCAUUUUGUCCGAGGUUGUUGUUGCUACGAAGGAGGUGAACGAGAAGACCCGUGAUGUUGCAUACGCACUUCUGGUUGCCAUGGGACA